CGUGUUGUGUGUGUGUGAGUGUGUUUUGGUCGGGGCAGAGGCGGCGGCGGAAGUCGGCGGCGGGGCUGGGUGAGGCACGGCUGCGCCCCCGCCCCUCGCCCCCACCGAGGAGCCGCCUCCCCUCCUACCCCUCCUCCGCCCACCCUGCCCCGGCGCGCCCGCCAGCCCCGACCGACGCACGCACCGACGGACGGACAUCGCUGCGCCGCCGCCCCGGCUUCCCCCCCCGGCCAGGUGAGGAGGCGGUGGCGGCGCGGGGGGGCCCCGGCGGCAGCCAGACGCGCCUUGUCCGGGCUCUGCCGGCGGCCGCUCCCCCGGCGCUGCGGAGCGUCGUGCCGCGGUUGUUACUGGCAGAAGAACCAGGAUUCAGAUCUCAGUGGAACUUGCUUUCAAAAGCUGUUGAAACAAAGGACUGCUUUCUAAUUUGGACAUGGCUAAUCGAGGAGCAACAAGGCCCAACGGGCCAAAUGCUGGAAAUAAAAUUUGCCAAUUCAAACUAGUACUUUUAGGAGAGUCUGCAGUUGGCAAAUCAAGUUUGGUGCUUCGUUUUGUAAAAGGACAGUUUCAUGAAUUUCAAGAAAGUACGAUUGGAGCUGCUUUUCUAACCCAGACUGUAUGUCUGGAUGAUACAACGGUAAAAUUUGAAAUUUGGGAUACAGCUGGGCAAGAGCGGUACCACAGUUUAGCACCCAUGUACUACAGAGGAGCACAAGCAGCUAUCGUGGUAUACGACAUUACAAACGAGGAGUCCUUUGCCAGAGCGAAAAAUUGGGUCAAAGAACUUCAGCGACAAGCAAGUCCUAACAUUGUAAUAGCUUUAGCAGGAAACAAAGCUGAUCUAGCUAACAAAAGAGCUGUGGAUUUCCAGGAAGCACAGGCUUAUGCAGAUGACAACAGCCUAUUGUUCAUGGAGACAUCUGCCAAAACAUCUAUGAACGUAAAUGAAAUAUUCAUGGCAAUUGCAAAAAAAUUGCCCAAGAAUGAACCACAGAGUGCAGGAGCCAGCUCUGCCAGAGGAAGAGGAGUAGACCUUACUGAACCCACACAACCACCCAAGAGUCAAUGUUGUAGUAACUAAAAGAUCAAUUGCUUUAAACUGUUCUGAAUAUUCUUCUGCUUCCUAACUGUUAAUAACCAUGGAAUUGGAGUGCUUAACCUGGUCCAGUACAGCUUCCAAACAGCGAAGAGACUUACGAUAAUACUCAAGUUCAUGAUAAAGAGUUUUAUUUUGACCUAAAAUUUUAACAUGCAUGUAUCUACCACUGGCUGUAAUGUUUCAGCAGUAGAGGAGAGAUGGAAGCGGAAUAAACUUCCUUCAGUUGAAAGGUUUUAAAAAUCAGUUGUUAUUAUUAGGGGUGUAGAAGAACUACUUUCUGUGGACCUAAUUGGCCAGUUCCUGUAGCCUCAAUACUGAUCACUGUUAUAAUAAAUAGAAUUGGGUCUUUUCAUAAUUCUCAAUUGUGCUUUAAAACUUCCGUAGAAACAGGGUCUAAAAAUUGCUUAAACUUAUUUGCAGUAUUGAUGCAACCAGUUGUUUCUGCAGGUAUCCACUGUUUAGUUAUACAUUCCAUAGGUUAAUAAUUUUAUUACAAAUAAUACUUGCAUUAACAAUUUUAAAAUCCUAUGCUUGCCAGAAAGUGGAGUUUUAGUUGGUACACUGUAUGUAAAUUAUAUCAACCCAGUUAGUUAUCUUAAUGAAUUAGUGAUGAAUCAAGUCUAACUUCAUUUCUAAUCUGUGCAGAGGGUACAGACCAGUAAAUUCAACUCUACAACUUAGGAUAUGGGGUUUUUUGUCCUCUACAAACUGUAAGAGCUCUUCAAGUAAAACCACAACAAACUCGGUGUCUGUGACUUCUUUCUUGUUUCUGAUCAUUGCUGGCCAUUACAGUUUGUUUUUCCCCUAAGGAAAAAAAAUAGUGCACUAAUGAUUAUGUACAUCCAACUUAAUUUUAAAUUUGGAUAUUAAUGUACUGUAAAUAGGUACUCUGCAUUGUAGUCUACAUUUGUUUAAUACUUUCUGUAAUAUUUAAGAGUUGCUUAAAGGUAUACAGAAUGUACAGUUACUUAAAGCUAACUUUUUUCCUCUCUAAUCAAAGGGGGUUCUGAGUUCUUCCUUUAUGGCUAGAACAGUAAUAAAUGAUGCUCCUGUAUCUGUAACAUAAGUACUGCUGUCUGUCAGUAAUGAACUUCGCAACUUUGUUUUCCAAAGUACAUUUUAUUUUGAUCAGUCCAGUAUAUUGCACUAAUUCUUUUAGUUAUUUUCAUUAUAUGAAAUCUACAAAGUGUGUCAGAAGAGAUGAAUUAGUCUAUUUAAAUGUUGAACUGAUAGAAACUUACUUGUGCAGAUUUUAAAUUUGCAGUAAUCUGGGUUUAGCAAGAAAAAUGACAGUUCACCAGUGUUUAGUUUUAUAUUGAGGUGCUCAGGUUUGAAUAAAGUGGUUUAAAAAAAUUUUGAUUACUGCUUCUUAUUGAGAGUUUCAGAAGGCUUUAUUGCAUUUGUACAGUUCCAGAUAAGAUGUCUGAUUCACUGUAUGGGUCAGCAUUUAAGAUGCUUACAAUAAAUUCAUGGCACAGCUAAAUAUAAACUUGUCCUAUAUAUACACUUUGGCACUCCAGUCAUCCUAUGAUAAAUCUUUAAAUAUUGAGGUAAUUUGGUAUCUUAUCACAUCCAUUUAGAAGUAUGAUCAAAAUUGUAAUAUUGUCUCUUGAACGUGCAGCUAACGCAGCCUUUGCCAUCUGUUCUCAAGGUGACUUAUUGCAUUGCAGUGUCUCUGAGCUGACUGUGUCCUUUCUGCAGCUUGUGAUUUGCAAUUGAGCAGGUACACUUUUUCAAACUGUAAUGCAUUUUUCAAACUGUGAUGGUGGUUUAGAACCCAGUGGUGAUACAGUCUCUAGCAGUUCUUGACCAACAUCACCUGCGGUUUGUCACAAAAUUAUUUGGAGUCCAUUUUUUUCUGCCAGCUGUGUAUUUGAGUCAGAAUUAGAUGGUGUGGUUUUGUUUAUUGUGGGGGCAAUUUCAUGGCUUUAGACCCUGAUGCCAGCACAUUCUCUUGCAGCUGUCAUAGCUGUGACUUGGACCUGUUGCACAGUGUUGGUUUCUUCUUCCUCUGAAGUUUCACUGUGGAUAAAAACUCUGAUAAGAUUUUCUAUCCUCAAACUGAGUUCUUCAGAGUCACCUUAUGUGCUAGAAUUGGGAAUAGUGUAUCUCUAUUCUUUGAAUUUACUUCCUUGUUACUGAAAAGAGGCAGUUCUGGACUAGGUUGAUUCUUGUGGUAUAUUUUGAAGUAUGUACUUUAUUGGAAUAAAAUAGCUGUAUUCUAUCUUGCA